CUUCUUCUCUCUCCUGCCUCCUCCUGCGAUUUUCUCUCUCUUUCUCUCUACCCAAACACUGUUCUGCGCGUCGCCGAAAAGUGCAAAGAUUUCCGAGAAUUCCUCGGAUACCCAUUUUCCCAAUCUUUCUCGAGAAAAAAGAAAAAAAAAACGACAGUCACUGCUCGACGUAGAAGAUGAAACUCAAACCUAAACUUCCGGUUGCCGGAGCUCUCGCCGCCGUCUUCUUGCUCUGUCUCACGACGGUUACUUCAGAUCUGGAAUCCGACCGUCGCGCUCUAGUCGCCCUCCGCAAUGGUGUCCAUGGCCGACCACUUCUCUGGAACAUCUCCGCGCCUACAUGCACUUGGGGUGGGGUCCACUGCGAUGGUGAUCGGGUCACGGAGCUCCGAUUGCCCGGUGUGGGCAUGGCGGGUCCGUUACCCAUCGCCAUUGGCAACCUCACACAGCUUCGGACACUCUCCAUUCGUUUCAACGCGCUCACGGGUCCAAUCCCUCCGGAUUUCGCCAACCUUACGCUUCUCCGAUACUUGUACCUUCCUGGGAAUGCAUUUUCCGGCGAGAUUCCGACGUUCCUCUUCACUCUCCCGAACCUGAUCCGGAUCAACUUGGCUCAGAACAACUUCUCGGGUCGGAUCCCCGACAACGUGAACUCGGCGACCCGGCUGGCUACUCUUUACUUGGAGGGAAACCAGCUGACGGGUCCCAUCCCGGAGAUUACGAUCCCGCUUCAGCAAUUCAACGUGUCGUUCAAUCAACUAAACGGGUCGAUUCCAAAUCGAUUAUCGGGCAUGCCCAGAAACGCUUUCGAAGGAAACUUACUCUGUGGCAAGCCCUUGGACCCUUGCGGCAGCGGCGGCGGUGGCAACAACAACACCGAGUCGCCGGCGCGAAAAAGCGACAAACUGUCUGGCGGAACAAUCGCUGGAAUAGUGAUCGCCUGCGUUUUCGGAUUGUUGUUGAUUCUGCUGAUUCUGUUCCUUCUCUGCAGAAAGAGAAAGAAAGAGGAGAACAUCGAACCAAGAAGCGUCGAACCUCCUGUCGCAACUUCGGCGGCUGCGGCGGCGAAGCAGACUGUGGCUGAUGUCCCACCGCCAGCGAAGGCUGCGGAGCCGGAGCGGGCGAGCUCUGCGGUGAGUAAAGAUCUGGUGUUCUUCGUGAAAUCCUAUGGGGAAUUCGAUCUCGACGGAUUGUUGAAGGCAUCGGCCGAGGUGUUGGGGAAAGGUACAUUUGGUUCUUCGUACAAGGCAAGCUUCGACCAUGGAUUAGUGGUGGCUGUCAAACGAUUAAGGGACGUGGUCGUGCCGGAGAAAGAGUUCAGGGAGAGAUUGCAGUUUUUGGGAUCGUUAAGCCAUGUGAAUCUGGUGACAUUUCUUGCUUACUAUUUCAGCCCUGACGAAAAGCUUCUUGUGUAUGAGUUCAUGCCCAGAGGAAGCUUGUCCGCUCUUUUGCACGGAAACAAAGGAGGAGGAAGGUCUCCACUAAAUUGGGAAACAAGAGCAGGAAUAGCCCUAGGAACAGCCAGAGCCAUAAGCUACAUCCAUUCCCUCGACACCACCACCUCCCACGGGAACAUCAAGUCAUCAAACAUACUAUUGUCCGAAUCUUACGAGGCUAAGGUCUCUGACUACUGUCUAGCCCCUCUCAUCACUCCAACCUCCACUCCGAACCGUAUCGAUGGCUAUCGUGCCCCUGAAGUCACUGACGCUCGCAAAAUCUCCCAGAAAGCUGAUGUCUACAGCUUUGGUGUCCUCCUCCUGGAGUUGCUCACAGGCAAGUCACCGACCCAGCAGCAGUUAAACGAAGAAGGCGUAGACUUGCCGAGAUGGGUUCAGGCUGUGGCCGAGCAACAAUCUCCUUCUGAUGUGUUUGAUCCUGAGCUCACACGUUAUGAACCAGAGGGCAAUGGCAACGAGAACAUGAUCCGAUUAUUGAAGAUCGGUAUCAGCUGCACGGCUCAGUAUCCCGACAAACGUCCGUCCAUGGAUGAGGCUACCAGGCUCAUCGAGGAGGUUUCACGUUCGCCUACUGGCUGAUCCCGGGGCCUAAAUUGAUCAUUUUCAAACUAUUGGGUCCAAUUUCAAUUUCAUUGAUAGUUUCCACGGUGUCCACCUUUGUCUUCUAUUCCUUGUUCUUUUUUUUUUCUCUCUAGCUGUUUGCUGAUUCUUGGGGGGCUCAUUGCUCCAAUUGAGAUCUUGAUAAUUCUUUUUGUUUGUUUUUUUAAUUUUGGUUUUGCGAAUUUCAUAAAAUGUUCAUAAACAACGUUUCUCUUAUUUUUAUUAUAAAUAUAAAUAUCAUUGGUUGA